AUGGUAAAAAUCGGCAGACUAGAUUUAAGCAGACCGCCGUCGAUUCUGCCUAAAUUUCUACAGCAUCCGUAUGCGCGUCGCUUCGAGGGGAACGAGAAGUACGUGACGAGUCGGUGGAAAUUUGGAGUGAGUUAUGCGAUGGACUGGGUGAUCUGCGCAGCGUUGCUAGGGUUGCUGUACAUCAUCAACAAUGUCCACGGGUACUGGCGGGAAUUCGACCUGAACGAUGCGAGUAUACGCCACUCGCACACGGAGGAUGAGCGCGUACCCCUGUGGUUGCUGGGUAUACUCAUAGGACUGGUACCGAUCGUGGCCAAGAUUCUGCUCAGCACGCAAUGGUAUCGCUCUUACACGGAUCUGCACCACGCGCUGCUUGGCUUUCUCCUCACAGCUGGUCUCACUCUCUCCACUACCACUGCCGUUAAGGUGCUCGUGGGCAGACCGCGCCCAGACCUCAUUGCCCGCUGUCAGCCGCGUUCUGGCGCGUCUAAUGCAGACGUCGGUCUUGCUACUGCGGAUGUCUGCACACAAACCGACUUUGAACUGCUCCAGGAUGGAUUCAGGUCGUUUCCCAGCGGUCAUUCCUCCACCUCGUUCGCUCUGCUGGGCUACCUCAGCUUCUACCUCGCGGGCAAAAUGCAGGUUUUCGACACCAAGGGACACACAGUCAAGUCGUGGAUCUGCUGGGCUCCCUGGAUCGGCGCCGUCCUUAUCGCAGUGUCGCGCACUAUGGACUACAGACAUCACGCUACGGAUAUCAUUGCAGGCGGCGUUAUCGGCACUUUCUUCGCUUACGUGUGUUAUAGACAAUACUACCCACAUUUGGGUAACGCAAUGUGCCACAAACCGCACAACACGAGGUAUGUCGAGAGGAAGGAUGCUUAUAGACUGCCGAGGUAUCAGGGGGACGGGGUGGACAGUGUGAGUGAGGAAGGAAUGCAAAUGGGGACGCUCAAUGGAGGUGGACUAGUUGGACAGGAGAACAGGAGAACAGGGACAACAGGAACAAGGAACGUAUAA